GCCUGCAGUCCGCACUCCGCUCCGCAGUCAGUCGGUAGUUGGCGUCGGACGUCAAGAGUCCAGCGUUGGAUUAGCAGUGGACAAACGUGUAUAGCGCGUACUUUUUGUCCUCGUACUGUCGGUGACAUAGUGAACAAGUUGACUUACAGUGGUUGCUAAUUUUGUGGCAGUGAUUUUAAGUACUAGACUGAGGAUUAAAUCCUUCAGCGGAUGCUAUGGGGUCCUGCUUUAGUCAGGAUAAAGUGGAGCCAGUAGCUGGCGAAGAGAUGGAAGGUACCUUCAAGAAGGAUGAGUUUGAUGGGCCAACCAAAGCAUCGCAGAGGCACUGUACGGACACGUUCUUCUUGUUUUUCAUCAUCGUUUUUACAAUUGGACUUUUUGCUCUUGUAGGUUAUUGUGUCGCUAAUGGUGAAGUAUACAGGAUAAUCAAUGGCUACGACAACUGCGGGAACAUCUGCGGAAGACAAAACCCUCCCCUAUCCGACCCUGCCUUGCAGUGCUUUGGGAAAGAUAUGACGGAUAAAAAGUUUGUUCAGAUAAGUGGACCUGUGAAAGCGUUGGUUGAUCCAAAACACACCGUCAGGAAGUGUGUGGAAAACUGCCAAGUGGAACCUGGAUAUGUAAAAGUCUUCAACCGCUGCAUCCCUAACAAGAAUGACACGGGCAUAAAACAAUUUUUCUCCAAAAGUGGAGUCACUGAUUUCUUCCAGGAAGUAUCUGAAGAUCUGCACCUAUGCUGGAAAGAAAUUCUUUACUUGUGUCUAAUAGCAUUUGUGAUGUCUUUCAUUCUUCUCUUCUUGUUCCGUUACGUCGCUGGCUUUGUCGUCUGGUUCGUUCUUGCUGCUGCGGUUGUCACUAGUAUUGCUGGAACCAUUUAUUUAUGGGUUAUGUGGAGACAGAAGCACAAUUCAAUUUAUGGAUCUGAAGUUGAGCAAAGAAAAGAGAGCAGCUACUUUUACUAUGCAAUCAUCUCUACAAUAAUAUCGGUGAUCAUUCUGCUCCUAGUGUGGGUGAUGAGGAAGCGCAUACAGCUGGUUGUACAGCUGUUCCAUGAAGCCGGUAAAGCAGUCAGUGCAAUGCCAGUGGUCCUCACCACACCUAUCAUGACCUUCUGCAGUUUGGCAGUGGUGAUCGCUGUGUGGCUGAUAUUUGAGUUGUGGAUCGAAAGCUCUGGAUAUCUCAGAAAAGUUCCUGACAGCGAAACGAACCUUUACUACAAGAAGGACACAGCAAUGAAGACUGCUCGAUGGUACAACCUGCUGGCCAUGCUGUGGUACACUCAGUUCUGCAUUGCUUGCCAACAGAUGGUGAUUGCUGGAGGCGUAGCUACAUGGUUCUUCACAAGGAACAAAGACCACCUAAAUGCUCCGUUGGCCACUAGCUUCAACAACCUUGUCCGAUAUCAUCUCGGCACAGUCGCUCUCGGGUCACUACUCAUCGCACUGGUUCAGUUCGCUAGAAUCAUAUUCAAGUUUGUCGAGUCGCAAACCAAGGAUGCCCAGAAUGAUGUGACAAGAUGUAUAUUCAAAGCUUGUCAAUGUUGCUUGUAUAUCUUUGAGAAGUUCUUGGCGUUCCUGACUCGCAAUGCGUUUAUUGAAGUUGCUAUAUACGGAGAAAGUUUCUGUCAGAGUGGUAAACAGGCUUUCAAGAUGUUGUCAAACAACGCACUGCGGGUGGCAGCCAUCAACUCAGUGGGAGAUUUUGUCUUGUUACUCGGCAAAGUGUUUGUUGUACUCACAACUGUCCUCAUUGGAACAAAGAUGUUUGAGCACAAGGAGGGCUUGCAACAUAUGUGGGUUCCGAUUGCACUCGCUGCGCUGUUUGGAGCCUUAGUCUCCCACUGUUUCAUCACUGUUUAUGAGAUGGUGAUAGACACAAUUUUCAUCUGCUUCUGUGAGGACUGUGAAAUGAACGAUGGCAUCAGCAAACCGUACUUUAUGAGCAAGGGACUGAUGGAAUAUGUUGAGAACAGUAAGAAGGUUCUGGCUGUUGGGGAUGGUGCCCGGGACUAAGGAGAUUUACCAGUGAUCUUUUAUUCUGCCAAAUUAUAGUUGUAUAUUCCUACCAGUAACUUUAAUGGUUAUGAACAGUACUCAUAAAAGACAUGUUAAUAAGUGACAAAACCGUCCUGCUCGGUUUUUAAAUAUAAGAUUUUUAUAACUUAUAGUUAGUUUGGAAUAUAAUGCUACAAUUAUUGUUUUUGUGAUUUGAUUCAAUCUGCAUUUUACAUUUCACAGUACCACCAAACCACUAUAUUAUAAAAUAAGAAAACUUGUAAAUAAGUCUCUGUAACAAUUUAGUAACAAAUUCAUUUAUAUAAAUAUCGUUGCUCAUUGUAAUCAUAAAUGACUUUUGGUUUUAUAACUUUCCAUUGUUUUCAUUUUAGUAUUAAAUGUUUAAAGAUUAAGAUCUCAUGUACCGUAAUAAUAACAAAUGUAGAGCAAGAAGCUAUGAACAAAUCUAAAAAAAGACUUACUUCCUAUUUUGUUAAAACCUUCGCUGACAACCAUCAAUUUGGGUAUAUAUUAUGUGAAAUUUGGUUGCAUUUUAAUAUAGAAAACACUUUAAAGAUGGUUUUAUAAAUUGAAGAAAACAGUCUAGUGAAAACUUAGUUAGUGUAUUUUUACUAUGACUUUUUUAUACAUGUAUUUAUUUUUGUAAGAAUAAACUUGUUUUAUCUAAACUGUGAA